AACUUUGACGUCUUGAAAUUCUUUUGAAUCCAGCCAAAACGAACGCCAAAGUGAUCGCUUCCUUAAAAUUGCUUUACGAACGCAUCAAUAAUAAAAACGGAGCAGAAAACGGUAUUUCGCAUUAAGAAAAAUGGCAAAAUUGGUCAAUAUCAAAGAAAUUGUGAAGCAUAUAGUAAAUGGUACACUAAACGAGAGCUUGUGUCGUAUAUGUCUUUUACCUUUGAACGUCCUAAAUGAGGAUAUGUUUACUAAGAUUUGCAAGAAUGAUAAAGAAUACUGCAUUGCAGACGUACUGGAAAAAAUAUGUGAUAUAAAGAUUUUCCCAGAGGAUAAAUACAAAAUUUGUUUAGAUUGUUUCAAAGCUGCAUCAUCUGCUUAUAAAUUUUAUUUAUUAAAUAAACGAAGCGAAGAGAUUCUUGAUUUUUAUAUUAAUUUAUUAGAGCAGCAAAUAAACCUUAUUGAAAUAUCUGAAAAUGUAGAAUCAGACUCCCUCUGUAUAAAGAUACCUUUACUUAAUCCAGAAACAGACAUAUUUGAUUACAAUUUAAAUGGUGUUUUAAAUGACAAUACUAUAGAUUAUAAUGAAGGUAAACAUACAAUAGAGGAGAGUAAUAAUAAUAGUCUAGAACACAGUCAAAAUAUAUCUGAAAAUGAAGAUGAUACAGAUAUAGUAAUAAUAGCAGAUGAAAAUGGUGAUCGGACAUUUUUCAAAGAACAAAAUGGUUCUCUAGUUCCUAUAAAUGAUAUAGGAAAGAAACAGCUAAAUGAUGCACUGAAGAUUGUGUUUCCGGAAGUUGACAAAGUAAGAAGGAAGAGACGUCGUAAUCCAAUGAGCUAUAUGAAUUGUAGUCAAUGUCCUGUCAGAUAUAAAUUUGUUAGUAAAUUAAAGGAACAUAUGAAAUCGGAACAUGAUAUUGAUUUGUUUGUGUGUUCUAUAUGUAAACAAGUAAUUGAAGAUGAAGACGAAUUUAAAAAGCAUCUAGAAUCACAUACAGAUGUUCAUAAAUGUACAGAAUGUAAUAUGGUGUUUAAGACAAAAGAAAGAAUAAUUGCACAUCAAAAAUGGCACGAUAAAAUUGAAGAUAUGAAGGGUACGGAGGAAGCACAUGUUUGUGAAGUCUGUGGCUUAGUGUUAUUGGACGAAGAACAGUUAAUGGAACAUAAUGAGAAAAAACAUAUGAAGAAAUAUACAUGUUAUUAUUGUGGACGUAUGUAUAAAGGAGAGAACAGUUUUGAAUUCCAUAUAAAGAAACAUGAAAUGCAUAUGAUGGGCGAUGCAAAGAAACGGACAAACUCAACAAUUAUUAAAGAAGAUAAGAAUGUAAGGAAAAAGAAGUUCUCGUGUGCGACAUGUCAACGUGACUUUGUUGAUGAGCGUUCAUUAAUGUGGCAUCAACGACUUCAUACCAAUGAGAGACCAUAUGUGUGUGAUGUGUGUGGGCGAGGCUUCGUGUCACUGAACCGUCGCAACCAGCACGCGGUGUGCGCGCACACAGCGCCCGCGCGCCGCUGCCCGCUCUGCCCCGCGCUCUUCCAUCUACGCUCUAUGGUCAACACACACGUAAAGAAGGUACAUUUGAAAGAGCACAAGCGACGCAACCGCAGCAGUAAACAUCAGAAUGUAUUCUGGAGAACGCAGCCUGUUCCCAUACAGGAACUUAGCGUGUCCAUACAGAAUGAGAUAUUGGAGUUGCAAGCGCAGCAAGCUAAAGUUAAAUCUGAAAAUAAUAUCAAAAUUAUAUAGCUAAAGUGAACCUAUAGAGAUAUGUGAAAAGUUAAAAAUUAUGUUUAAUGGAUAGUUUACUUAUAGUUUGCACAUGACUUGAUUGUUCUGUACAAAAUAAUUAUGUAAUAAUGUAUUUACCAACCCGCACUUGGCCAGCGUGG